CGGGGAGACGAAUAGAUUGGUUGCUCCGGGGUCGCAGUUCCGGUCAUCUCCUUGGGAGACGCGCGUUGUGAAGGCGUCGCCCGCUAGGGUCUCCGGUGACCGGGACCGCGGCAGCGGCCCGGAGGGCGGGAUGUUCCGGGGCUUGAGCAGUUGGUUUGGCUUGCAGCAGCCGGAGGCGGGUGGCUGCCAGCCCGAGGGAGACGGGCAGCCUAAGGAAAACGGGCAGCCUAAGGGAGACACUCCACCCGAGCAGCGCUCCGAGGCGGUAGCGGAAUCGGCGAAGGGGGAGUCGCAGCAAUCCGAGGACCAGGAUCCCCUUCACCAGGCCAAAGGCCUCGGCAACUAUCUAUUCAAUUUUGCGACUGCUGCUACAAAAAAAAUAACUGAAUCAGUUGCUGAAACAGCACAAACGAUAAAGAAAUCAGUAGAAGAAGGAAAGAUAGAUGACAUCAUUGAUAAGACAAUUAUAGGAGAUUUUCAGAAGGAACAGAAAAAAUUUGUUGAGGAACAGCAUACAAAAAAAUCAGAAGCAGCAGUACCCCCAUGGGUUGAUAGUAAUGAUGAAGAAACAAUUCAACAACAAAUUUUGGCCUUAUCAGCGGACAAGAGGAAUUUCCUUCGUGACCCUCCGGCCGGUGUGCAAUUUCAUUUUGACUUUGAUCAGAUGUACCCCGUUGCUCUGGUCAUGCUCCAAGAGGAUGAACUGCUGAGCAGGAUGAGAUUCGCCCUCGUUCCUAAACUCGUGAAGGAAGAAGUGUUUUGGAGGAACUACUUUUACCGAGUCUCCCUGAUUAAGCAGUCAGCCCAGCUCACGGCCCUGGCCGCCCAGCAGCAGGCCACCAGAAAAGAGGGAAAGAGCCACGGCGGAGAGGAUGCAUCGCCACUGACAGAGGCAGUCCGGCCCAAAACACCACCUGUUGUAAUCAAAUCUCAUCUUAAAACUCAAGAGGAUGAAGAGGAGAUCUCUACCAGCCCAGUUGUUUCUGAGUUUGUCAGUGACGCCUUCGAUGCAUGUAACUUAAAUCAGGAGGAUCUGAGGAAGGAAAUGGAGCAGCUGGUGCUCGACAAAAAGGAGGAGACUGUACUAGAAGAGGAUUCUGCAGAUUGGGAAAAAGAACUACAACAAGAACUUCAAGAAUACGAAGUGGUGACAGAAUCAGAGAAACGCGAUGAAAACUGGGAUAAGGAAAUAGAGAAAAUGCUGCAGGAGGAAAAUUAGCUGGUUCCCGAAAUAUAAGAAUAAUCCUUAACAUUCUGUAACUGACAUUCAAUUCUGUAUGGCGACACUCACUGAAUCAGAAGGCACAAAAGAGUAUAUAUAACUUUAUGAAAUUCAAAAUUAUUCCUUUUUCAACUUGAAACUUGCCUCUUUAAAAAAAAGUAUAUAGAACAGUUAUUGUAAUACUCAAAAAGGGAUGUUUUAUGUAAUAUUUCUUUAAUAUAAAUCUAGUUAGAGAUGUUCUUGUAGUCAGUAUGGAUAUCCUAGCUGCAGAAACAUAAGUAAAAUCUUAGAGUUCUGUUUUCCGUGAGGUCAAAAAUAUAUUCUUCAGCUGUGGUUUUCUAAACAUUUGUACUUCAUAUUGCAUUUUCAUUGAUAAUUAUGUUAACGCACUUAAUGAUUGAUAGCUAUCAAAAUGACCAAAUUGUACCAAAGAACUUAAGAGGAAGCACUUUCAGAACUGUUUUCUUGGUAAGUAUUUUCUAAAAUUCCAUCUAGAAGCCAAAACAUAAAAUAAUUAUGUCGAUUUGAAUGGUAUAAACAUCACACAGUUUUACAUUGAGAAAGACUGUGCAAAAAUAUUUUUCUCUGGGGCCUUUUCUUUCUUUCUUGUUUGUUUGUUCUUAAUUAUGCCACAUUUAAUAAUACUGUUUUCCUACAUUUCACAUGGUUUUUGUAGAAAGCAGGGCCUCUCAUCCUUUUUGUAUUAAUGACCAUCAGAAGCCUGUUCACCUUAAAGUCUCUUAUUGCUUAAGUCAUCACCACAUGUAAGUGUUUUGGCUUUGCUUGUCGUAAUUAAACUGUCAGUCUUGAUAAAAUUGUGUUCCUCUGAAUACAACUUAUAGAACUUCAUACAGUCCUACUUGUGUUCUGCUAAACUAUCAGACCCAUGUUCCUAGAAGAUGAUUAUUUUAAAAUAACAGGGUGGCUAAACAUCCAAGGUGUUUGCUUCCCAAACUCUUCAUAUUUUUUAAGGAGCCUUUAUUUAAUAAAGGGGAAUAGAAUUAAAACAAUUUUUUAUAAGAAAAAUGUACAUAUUUUUAUUCUUGGCCCCAUAAAAAUUAGUCUGUGGUCCUCUGGGGAAGGUGUAGUCAAUGAGAGAAGUGAAUGUAGGUCCAAGCGUUCAUUACUCUUAUGUUUGUAGUUUGGAAUACUCGUGUGUAAAUCAGCCAGACUGUCUCAGCUAGGAUCACUUGAGUCGUAGCAAUAAACUCAUGUAUUCUAUGAAACCACUGACCCCCCCUUAUCAAGAGAUUUCCACUGUGCUGCCACAGUGGCUGAUUACUGAGUUUGGGUUCACUCAGAGAUGGUGACUGGCAACUUCUGAAGUGAUCCUAUUAAAGGGAAAGGUUUGGUUUCAAAGAGUUUGCGGGAGGGAAGGAAACAAAAUGUUUUUCAGUAGCUAAAAAUCCUAGAUGUAAGCAGAUCAGAACAUAAGUGCUUGGCUCUUAGUAUAUGUACUAAAAUUCUUACUGAUGAAUGUUGAAUAAAUACAAAAUAAAGCUUUCAGAGAAAAUUAAAAACCUAAAAUGACAAUAGAAAUAUGUUACCAUUGUUACUGUCAAUUUUACAUGAUACUCAUUGCAUUUAAAAAUAACCUAAUUGUGUAUUGCCAUGUAAAAAUAAAAGGAUAAAAUAAGACUUUAUACACAGCAUAAAAAUAGUUACACUGUAUUUUUACGGAUUCAUCAAGGAGUAAAAUGUUCUGCUUUUGUAAAUUUUAUAGGUAGCUGAAGUGUUAUUCCCUUAGAGGGCAAAAUAAUUUGUAACCAUGUUUGGUGGAAAAUGUCUUAAGUAUUUAUUACAUGCUUGGGGCUUAGCCAACAAGAUACACGGAGCAUAAAAACACAUAAGCUUCACAAAA